UCGAUGAAAUUACUUAUAUGAAGUGACUAAUCCAAAAUAUCAUGUCAAGUUCAUCUCAUUAUCUGUGUUUUGCGGAUGUUCGUUAAAUAUUUCAGUGAAAGAAUUAUAGGAGAUGUGAUUUGUUAAUUAAUGUAAUGUUUUCUGAACGUAAUCACGAGAAUGCCAAUACAGGCACCUCAGUGGACUGAAUUUCUUUCUUGUCCCGUUUGCUGCCAUGAUUUCGAUGUGGCUAUACGUGGACCCAUAUCUUUAGGAUGUGGCCACACAAUAUGCCGCACGUGCCUUGCAAAUUUACAUCGUAAACAAUGUCCAUUUGAUCAGAGUUCUAUAAAUACGGAAAUAGAAAGUUUACCAGUGAAUGAAGCCUUACUUCAAUUAGUGGGAAAUCAAAUUCCAAACAAUGUUGCGGUGAAUUAUCAAAAACUUUUACCACCCGACGAACUCAAUCAUUAUUUGGUGGCUAAACGUUGCAUUGAGGAGCUUGCACUUUAUCUAAAACCAUGUCAAGCAACUCCAAAUUCCACUUUAGGAGUGGGACUUGUAUCACGUCCGAUGCAAAGAAAAUUGGUAACAUUGGUGGGAUGUCAAUUGGUGGAACCAGAAGGACGUGCACGAGCCGUAAGAGCUGCAAGAAGUUUGGGCGAACGAUCAGUAACCGAACUUAUUUUACAGCAUCAAAAUCCACAACAACUAAGUGCGAAUCUUUGGGCCGCUGUCCGCGCCCGAGGAUGCCAAUUUCUUGGACCCGCAAUGCAAGAAGAGGUUUUGAAACUCGUGCUCCUAGCUUUGGAAGAUGGAUCAGCUCUUUCUCGAAAAGUCCUUGUUAUGUUCGUCGUUCAACGUUUGGAACCACAUUUCACACAAGCUUCAAAAACAAGUAUUGGACAUGUCGUACAACUAUUGUAUCGAGCAAGCUGCUUUAAGGUAUCGAAACGAGAGGGAGAUUCUUCUUUGAUGCAACUAAAAGAAGAAUUUCGCACUUAUGAAGCUCUGAGACGAGAGCAUGACGCUCAAAUAGUUCAAAUAGCAACAGAAGCCGGAUUACGAAUCGCUCCCGAUCAGUGGUCAGCUUUAUUGUACGGCGAUACUGGUCACAAAUCUCAUAUGCAGAGUAUCAUUGAUAAACUUCAAACUCCACAAUCAUUUGCCCAAAGUGUUCAAGAAUUAAUAAUGGCACUUCAACGUACACCCGAUCCAGGACAACUCAGUAGUUUGCGACCGCAACUCGAACUUUUAGCAGCAAUUGAUCCCAGUCCAGAAAGUGAACCACCUUCUUGGAUAGAAUGUCGAGAGGCAUUGGAAGCAGUAAGAACUGUCGUAUCUGCCUUAGUAGAAUUUAUACAACAGCAUGGCAAUAGAAAAUCUCAAGAUGGCGCUCACAAUACGGGACAACCAAAAUAUAAAGUCAGCAUGUGUCGUGAUCUUGCUAUUAAAGGAUCUUGUCCACGUGCUACUAAUUGUACAUUUGCUCACAGUGGUCAAGAGCUCGAUAAAUAUCGAUCAAAAAAUCGAAAAAUGAGUAUAAGAUCGAAUUUACCUUUAACUGGAGUUUCAGAAUCUAAGGCUGAGAAAUCCGUAAUUGCUCCAAUUAAUAAAGGCUUUAAGUGCGACGAUACAAAUUAUCCUCCGAAAAAUCUUGAUUACAUACACCGAGAAGGUUUCACUCCGAUUGUCCAACAUCCAACUGUUACUAAUGAAAAUAAUUUUAUUGGAUCGUUGACAAACUAUAUGCUGCCUCCACCGCAAGGAUUUUCCUCGAAAAAUGAUGUACAACAUUCACAUUAUAUUGUACCAGGAGUGCCAUUGGAUUAUUCGGCUACUAAUUUACAAAUAUGGGAGCCAAUGCAAAUAUCAAAUAAUGUGCAGAACAGUCAACAAAGCAACAACAAAAAACAAAGAACAAUGGCGAAAACUUUAGCAAUGUUGCUACAAAGGAAAAUGGAGAUAAUUAAUCAACUUGAAAAUAUUGUUGGAAAACAAUCGACACCAACUUUGAAAACGAAUUAUGAUAUGCAGGGAGAUAUUUUGACGCCGAAUUUUUCAAUUUGGACAAACGCUUCUGGAAAUCAAAUAACACCGUCGACAAAUAUUAAUUUCAAUAAUUCGUAUCGCCGGCCAGACUCUGUGCUUUUCGAUGAUGAAUUUGUACCUUUUGAUGCCUCAACUGCCAGCAAUUAUGGUCCAAUUUCAAGACUUUCAAAAACAGUGCUUAGACCAGCUAAUGGUAUACAACAGACUGGAUAUUAUGGAGAAGGAAUUACAUCUCCUUUACCGACAAUACGACCAGUGCCUGCAACAAGUCCAAUAGCUCCUUGGUAUUAUGGUCAUCAACCUUUCACCACAAUUAAUACCAAUGGAGAUAUACCACCAGUCGCAAAUUCUGUUUUUAGUGAAGGUUUUAUAACAUUAAGUCGAAAUGUUCCAGAACAACCUUCUCAUGUACAAUUUUCAAGACAGGAUUGCAUGUCAAAGGAUUUGAUCUUGGAAUCACAGAAAGUGAAACAACAAUUGAAACAUUUGGAGAAAAAAAUAAACGACUUAAAGCUGGCAACGCAAGGAGCUGCGUUUAACGAAGGCGAAAGGCUAACCCAAGAACUUCAAAUGAUUGAAGCAGGUAUCAGGGAAAAGGAAAAAGAUGUUCGCAAUUGGAAUCCUUACAGUAAUACAUCUUGGAUUCAGCCGCCAAAUAAUUUGACUAAUUCUUUAAAUAGAGAUUGCAAAUCAGAAGAAGAAGACACAUACGAAGCUGCAAUCGCUAACGAUAUGCGAGAACUAGAAUUACGAUGGGACUUUGAGUUUCAAGAACAAGAAAAACGUUGGUCUAAUGAAGAGGACGGCAUCAAAAAAUGAUGCGACAAACUUUAGACAUUUUUUUUUAACGAGACUGGAAAUACAUUGGCAUUAAAUGGAUUAAUGAUCGGGACAUUUGGAACGUUUCAUUAAAACGGCUACUAUUUUGUAAAAGGUAAGUUUUUCAUCUUCUACUUGGAUCUUGGCGUUUCCUUCCACCCUCUCAACGUUAGAUUCGCAAGGAAAUUUCAUUAAAUAUAAUGGACUUGGAAUCAUUGUUCUAAUCGUCAAUAUUGUUUGUAAAAAACAAAAAAAAAAACCCAGUUAAAAACUUUUUUCCAAGUGCGGCAUAUUUAAUGCGUAUUUUACGAAUUCAUGUAUCAAUAUUGAUCAUGGUAAAAAAUAUGCGAGCGAAACGAACAAAGUGAACCCCCGAACAACUUGUUUUCUAUAUUAAGCUUUAGACAAUUAUUAUUUAUAUUUUCAAUAAAUAUUUAUUUAUUGAAUAAUAUUUUUUUAUUUGGAUAAAGAAAACGGUUUUCUUUUGCUGUUAAUCUCGGUUAAGUAUAAAAAAAAAAAAAAAAAAAAUUACAGUGUGGCGCGCUUUGUUUGCUUCACUACGCAUAAAUUUAAUCGUUUCACUUUUAGUAGUGAUAAAAAAAAAAAUUACAUGAAACUGCCGUGACAACUUGAGAAUUUUAAAAUGUCACUCUAAAAUUUUUUUUUCCCUUUUUUUUUGCCACAGAGCUGACACAAUUCCCUUUAGUCAUGGUACAGUUUUGGUAAAAUAUUAAUAUCUGUGUAUACUGUAGUCAGAAAUUGUUUUUUAAGAUAAACAAGUGAUUGUGAAUGCCGAUUUGUUAAAAUUUAACAGAAAUUAACGUCGAUGUUUUAUAAACAUGACAAAGUAUAGCAUAUUUAUUUAUAUAUUUGCGCAGUGAGGCAAAAGAAAAAAAAACCUGUAAUAUUGUUUUACAUGUAAAAAAAAAAAAAAAAAAAAAGAAAAUUCGGGACGAAUGUUAUUUAACCUGAAUAAAAUAGGUUAACACAAGGAAACCAUAUAUAGAGGCAUAUUAGACGUUGAAGUGUAGUGUAAAAUCGAUAUGUUUUACAAAAAGAAAAAUUGAAAAAAAAAAAUUUAUGUCGCUAGCGUUGAUAUUAUUCAGUAACAUUCUAUCUUUAGAUUUCAAUGCGCAUCCUCUCGAAAUAUACAACGGAUUUACCAAGUGUAUUCAAACUUUCUAUGAGAAUUUCGCAAUUUUGGCUGAAUUUUCACUCGCGACAGUCUCUAAAAAAUUUUUUUUUUUUUGAAAUAUAAAUAUUUCAAUUGAAAAUGGAAAAUUUUAAUAAUUAACGAAUAAAUUUUUUUUUUCAAAAAAUUAAUUAGUCAGUAAUUGAAAAAUUUAGUAACUUUAAUAUUUUGACACAGACUGACGUGAGUGAAAAUGCCUUUAGGAAAAUAUUAAUUACCCAGUGUACGCGCUAAACAUGAAACACUUAAAAAUAAUUUCUUUCUGUUAUUAUUUUUUUAUUUUAUAUAUAUAUUUUGAAAAAUUCAUAACACAAGUGUUUCUGUAUCAAAUUUUUGUAACAAAAAUUGAUUUACAUUAAUUUACGUGAUAAAACCUAAUUUUAAUAGGUUUCAAAAAAAAAAAAUAAUAAUAAUUAUUUUGAACUUUAAAUGAUAUUGCUUUUAGUUGUGUACGCUUUUUUAAUUUUUUAAGUUUUCGAUUCUUUUUUUAAUUUGAAAAUUUCUUUGGAAAUGAAAUUAUUUAAAGAUUGCUUUUCUUUUUCUAAAAAAAAAGACGUACUCAUUUAGUUUACAAUCUUUAAUUAGCUAAAGAAGACUGAAAUGAGUGAUUGUUAUACAAGUGCAAGACAAAUCUAUUUAAAAAAAAAAAUAAAUAAAAAAACAGAAAAAAUUGUUCAUUAUAAAUAUUGUAACAAAGCAUUUGAAAAUAUUUGCAAAAAAAACUCUAGUUUAUAUUUUAAUUUCCGUACUUAAUUGCAAAUUGCAACAGAAAAAAUAUAUAUAUUAUUUUGUUACACAUUUUCGUAUAAAAAUUUUAAUUUUUAAUUUUUAAAAGUAAAAAUUUAGUUUAAAAAUGGUUCUAAAAAUGUUAUUUUAAACAAAAUUUGGAAUAUUCAUUAAGAAUACAAAAAUAUAUCAACUAAAUAAUAGUUAAAAUUUUUAAUUCUGUCAUUAUGACAAAAUAUAAUUAUUUUUAUAAUUUGUUUUAAGUUAAAAUUAAUUUUAAUUUUAAAUUACAAAGUUUAAUGUAAUUAUAAUUUUUUAUAAUUUUACAAAUUUACAAAAUGAAUUUUUUAUUUGGUUAUUUAUACAAUUUAAUUAAUUUAUUUAAAUUAUUGGUUAAAAUUACAAUUUUUUUUCUAAAUUUUACGUUUCUGAAAAAUUCCGUAAAAAAAAAUCUGACAAAGUUUUAAUUUUCUUUGCUGUCUUAUUUCGCUAUUAAAACGAAGAUGUUAAUUAAUUGAACAAUUUUCUUUUGGUUUUUCUUGUUUUUUUUUUUUUUUUUGGUUAUUUGUUUGCAAUUGUAGUGUAUGUUAUAUUGUAAUUGUUUUCGAAAAAUUGAUUUGAAACAAUGAAUUUUUGUAUAAAUUUCGUGAGAUCGUAUUUUUCGAUUUAACAGGAUCGCUGCAUUGUUGUAGCUAAAAAAAAAAUAUAUAAUACGCGCACUGCAAUAGAUUUUUGGGUUGCUACUAUUUUUAUGAAAUAAAUAUAUACAUAUAUAAAGAAUAUAUAUGUAUGCAUAUGCAUAUAGCAGAGAUACUAUAUGAUUCCAGUUUUAUUGGAAGUAUCGAUAUACGAAGACUUUUAUAAUAAUGAAGGUCCACGAAAGUGACCUUCUUUCUGACUUUAAGAUAUAAGAUUAUUUUUGAUACCUUUGUAAGGAACCCGAGAUAUGUUCAAGCAUUUUAUUUUGAUUUUGACAAUAUUUAUGUUUACAAAAACGGAGAGCAAAAAAAUAAUUUCUUUAUUCCAAAUUGGAAAUUCAAAAUUUUUUUUUUUUUUUUUUUUUUUUAUGUUUAUCAAAAAGAAAAAAAUAUUUUGCUAGAACAUAGCUGAGUUCUUACGAUAAUAAAGCAGUGCAAUGACAUCGUUUAAUCUAUAAACGUUUCGUAUUUUUGUUUUUCUUUUCAAAGUACAUAAAACUGUCUUAGCUGAUAGUAAUCGAUUGUACAAUGAAUAUUUAAAAUUGUUUUUCACGAGAAUAUCUGAAUAUUGUGCAACUAAUUUUUUUCUCUUCAAAAGAGAUUUUUCUUUUUUCUUGAAUGAAAAUGACAAUUUUAGAUAAUCAUAAAAUUUUCUUUGCACUUGUAUUUUAUAGAAAAAUUUUUGGUGGUGUGUGAUUUUAUGUACGAUCGUUUUGUUUUUGUUUUUUUUUUUUUAAUACUCGUUCUUUAAAUUAAAUGACAAAUUUAUUUGAUUGCAAAUAAAUGUUCAAAACGAACAAUUAUUAAAUUCGAGAAAUAAGAAAAAACAAAAAUGUUAAGUGAUCGUCUUUUAUCGAAAAAUUUUUUUUAAUUUACUGCCUGAUAAAAAGAAAAAAAAAAUCAUUUUAUUAGUUAGUUUUUGGUGCUGAAUUAAAGUUGUAAAUUCAGUAAUUUAGUUUUAUUAGUCGUAAAAUUUGUCACUUUUAUUUCAAAAACAAAAAAAAAAAAAAGAAA